AUGUUAGGAGGUAAAUAUGAUUACAAUCAAGAUCGAGAACGGCGAGCCGGCGUAGAUGACAUGGUCUUCAUGUCCAAAAAUACGGACUCAGAAAUCAGUCACAACCUCAAAAUACGCUUUGAUGUCAAUUAUAUUUAUACGUACAUUGGGUCCGUACUGAUUGCUGUCAAUCCAUAUAAGAAUGUGGAAUACUGUCGCGAAAAUCAUAUGGAAAAGUAUCGAGGAGCAACUCAAAUGGACAAUGCUCCACAUAUAUUUGCUAUCGCCGAAGAUAUGUUUAGUAAUAUGUUAAUUGAUUCGGAAAAGCAAUGCGUUAUUAUUAGCGGAGAAUCAGGCGCUGGAAAGACUGUCAGUGCGAAAUUCAUCAUGUCUUACAUUGCUGAAGUAUCAGGCGGUGGUCCAAACGUUCAACGUAUAAAAAAUGUUAUUUUACAAUCGAAUCCAUUGUUAGAAGCUUUUGGUAAUGCAAAAACUAUUCGAAAUGAUAAUUCCAGUCGAUUUGGCAAAUAUGUUGAAAUUCAAUUUUCUCGCGGUGGAGAACCUACAGGUGGUGUGAUAUCGAACUUUCUGUUAGAGAAAUCACGUGUUGUAAGUCAAGCUGAGAAUGAACGAAAUUUUCAUAUCUUUUACCAAUUACUGUCAAGCAGAGAAUUCUGUCAGCAAUAUUCACUAUCUCAUGAACUUCGUUUUCAAUAUAUUAAUCAUGCCGAAGCUAUUCGCGUGGCGAAAAUCGAUGAUGUGAAAGAUAUGCACGAUACACAGCAUGCUAUGGAUACAAUUGGCCUUUCAAAAGAAAUUCAGCAUAAUAUAUUCAGUUUGCUCGCUGGUAUUCUUCAUCUAGGCAAUGUACAAUUUGGAGAUAAGAACAACUAUGCAACUGUUCUCUCAGAACGAGAUUUACAAGCACCUUGUGCGUAUUUUGGUAUUCAAAUGGAUUAUUUGAAAACGAAACUGAUUUCCAGACGAUUGGAAUUUAAAGAACAUCAAGAAAAUAAGCAAGUUGAUCAAACAUUCACUGUCGAUAAAGCCAUCUUUACGCGUGAUGCCUUAGCAAAGUCCAUCUAUUCGCGUAUUUUUGAUCAUUUAAUUCAGGCGAUCAAUUCUGCCUUUCAAGCAAUCGCGCGUUCUGAUUUAUCUAUUGGAAUUCUUGAUAUCUAUGGUUUUGAAAUAUUUGAUCGGAAUAGUUUUGAACAAUUCUGCAUCAAUUAUGUUAAUGAAAAAUUGCAACAAAUCUUCAUUGAACUAACGCUGAAGAAAGAACAAGAAGAAUACAAACGUGAAAAUAUACAAUGGACGCCAAUCACAUUUUUCAACAAUAUCGUUGUCUGUGAUUUGUUCGAAGCGAAACAGCCACCAGGAAUGUUUUUAUUGCUCGAUGAUAUCUGUGCAAGUGCGCAUGCAACAACUGAGAAAGUCGAUAAGAGCUAUCUAAAUAGACUGAGUGGUUUAUCCAAUGCGCAUUUAAUUGUUUCACCGCCGACGUUUACUGUGAAACACUAUGCAGGUGCAGUGAGCUACCAUUCAGAUCAAUUUUGUGAGAAGAAUCGUGAUGUUUUAAAUAUUGAUUUAAUUGAAAUGAUGCAGUCAAGUACCAUACCUUUUGUGGCACGACUCUUUCCAGAACAGAUAGCAACAAUGAAAGCUCGACCAACUACGGUUGGAACGAAAAUUCGUACACAGGCCAAUGCAUUAGUAGAAAAAUUAAUGGCUUGUCAGCCUCAUUAUGUUCGAUGCAUCAAACCGAAUGAGAAUCAAACACCGGGGGAAUGGAAUUCUUCAAGUGUCAUCGAACAAGUUAAAUAUUUGGGGCUGGUAGCAAAUAUUGAAGUACGAAAAGCUGGUUUUGUUUAUCGCCGUGAAUUUGCAAAAUUCCUCACUCGCUAUGCUAUAUUAACGAAACAAACUUGGCCUAAAUGGAAUGGAAGUGUGACAGAUGGUGUGAUGCAUAUAGUAGAUGCAAUGCAUCUCGACAGACGAGAAGUACAACUAGGAAAUACGAAAGUGUUUAUCAAAUCGCCGGAAAGUUUGCAUUUACUCGAAGAUAUGCGUUUGCGCAAAUUCGAUAACUAUGCGCGUAUCAUUCAAAAAGCGAUGAAACGCUUUUGCGCAGUUCGUGUUUAUCAGCGACAACGUGAACAAGCUACUGACAUUCUCUACGGACGAAAAGAACGUAAUGCUCGUUCACUCGAUCGUGAUUACGUUGGAGAUUAUUGUAAUCUUCAUCAACGCCCUGAUUUACAAAGACUGAUACCACGUAAUGAGAAGACAGAUUUUAGUUCGUACUUAUACAAAUAUGACCGACGCUUCCGUCGACAAGGAAGAUAUUUCGUUAGUACAAACCAAGCAUUGUAUAUCAUAGAUGAAGAAUGCAUUAAAGUUGGUAGUGGCGCUGGUGGAAAAGGCGGCAGUGCUGCAGCAGCACAAAAAGGCAGACAACAGCAAUCACAAGAAGGUUAUAUGUUAGAAUAUAAAGUUAAACGACGUAUUCCCCUAGAAAAUAUAAAUGAAAUUAAAAUGAGUGAAUAUCGCGAUAAUUUCUUUUUGCUUUGCGUAAAUAAUGAUUAUGCAACAUUAUUGGAAUUAUCAAGCAAAACAGAAGCAGUUUCUAUUAUAUCAAAAAAUUAUGCUAAGAAAACAAAUCGAGCAUUACCAAUUACAUUCGGACAAGGUUUCGAAUAUACAGUUAAAAAACAGAGCUGGGUAGGUGGCGGUACACGAAGUGUUAAAUUUGUUCAUGCAGCUACAAGUACUCCAGUGAGUCAAAUCGAUCCGAAUAAAUUGCGUAAAGGAAUCGAUAUGCCACGUGAUUACGAAGUAAAACUCAAUCGUAAUUCAAUGACCGUUAUGAUUUCAAGUGGCUUAUCAAAGCAAUCGAGACCAAACCAGUCAAAUGCUGAAAAGCCACGUGGAUUACAAUUUAAACCACAGAAUAAUACACCUCGAAAACCACCGCAGAAACCGCCUCGACCAUUAGCAGCCAAACCAAAUAAAAAGAAGAUUCGUGCCCUAUACGAUUUUCAAGCACGAUCCGCUGACGAACUGUCAUUUGUAGCUGACAAUGAACUCGUACUAAUAGACAAUAGUGAUGAAACUUGGUGGAAAGCCGAACUUGACGGCAAAAUGUCAGGAAUAAAUUUAGAAUCGAUAACCACCCCAAUUCGCACGCCAGUUGUAAUUAUCAAACCUAUUCUUUACGGAAAUACAGCGAAACAUCUCGGUACGAAACGCGAUACAGAUGGACAUACGCAUAAAUGGAUGAUCUACGUUCGGUCAUAUAACAAUGAGGACAUAUCAGCGUAUAUAAGUAAAGUGCAAUUUCGUUUACAUGAAACAUAUCCAAAUCAUGUUAGAGUUGUUUCCCAAGCACCCUUUGAAGUCGAAGAAAGUGGUUGGGGAGAAUUUGAAACACAGAUUACGAUCUUUUUUGCAGAUCCAAAUGAAAAACCAGUGACGUUCUAUCACCACUUGAAACUCUUUUCAACAGAUACCGAAGUGGUUGCUGGUACUAAACCAUUGAUCAAUGAAAACUAUGAUGAAUUAAUCUUUCAAGAACCAUCUGAUCUGUUAGUUCGUUUACUCAACUGUGCGAAAUCAUUGGCGCCACCUACAGAUGAGAAUCUUGCGGUUGAAAAAGAAUACACUUCGAAAAAGGCAGAUACGAUUACACGAAUAAAACAAGCUCGUCAACGUGUUCGAAAUGAAAUUCAAGAUCUAACUGAACGUCUUCGUAUUACUCAGGAAAAUAUCAAACGCGCUCGACAACGAGUACUGGAGAAUCAUACCUCGUCAAAUACUUCAUUGAAUACGUCAACACACGAAAAUAUCAAACGUGAAAUAGUCGAUUGA